CUCCAGUCUCAAGUUGGUCGGCGAACGGCCAAGUCGGCGAAUCGCGAGUGCCUCGCAUCCCUCGGUGAUCGGUCCAGCGGACGUGCGGCAGAUGUAGCGGCGGCCGAACAAAUGCCCACCGCAUCACACCAUGCAGCAGCAGUGCCGCCUGGUCGCGUUCGUCACGCUGCUCAUCGUGGCCGAGCACAGCGCCGUCAGUCCAGCGUGCGAGUGUAUCCACUUCACUAGCACCUUUGGAAAGACGUCUGGCACGUUCAAGAGCCCAGACUUCCCACGCGCCUACGACUCGGGUAUCGAGUGUCUGCUUUACUCAUUCGUCGCCCGCCGGGACCAGAUCGUGGAGCUCUCCUUUCGCUCCUUCGAUGUUCACAAAACGCACCAAGACUGUCUGCGGGGUGACUACGUGAAGGCGUUCCUGUCACUGGAGAAGGGUGGCGAGGUGAACGAGAAGACGGCGUGGAGCCACGUUCUUUGUGGCGAGCUGUCCGAGGUGCCGCACCGCCUCUACUCGAGCGGCCACGUCGCCCUGCUCGAAUUCCACACGGACCACAGGCCAAGCAACCACUCCGGCUUCAUGGGCACCUUUCGUUUCCUCGACAGAAGACUGUUUCUGACUGACGGCCAGAAGGUUGCCGGCACGCACUGCGACUACCUCUUCGCCAGCUCCAACUUCUCGCUGUCCAAGGGAAAGUUCUUCUCGCCCAGGUUCCCAUCCAACUAUCCGCCAGGUGUCUCGUGCAACUACAGAUUCGCCGGCAGGUCGCAAGAGCGGGUGCGCGUCGUGUUCGAAGAGCUUAACUUGCAGAAAAGCGACGUGAGUUGUCUGGAGCGCGAGGACAUCGUUCGCGUGCACGACGGCGCCGUUCGUCUGGCGCCUGUAAUCGCUGCCGUGUGCAAUCAGGCGUACCAGCUGGAGGUGCUGUCCACGGGGCCGGACCUCUUGGUCAGGCUGUCCGGCACGUCACCUGCGCCAGGACAGGGCUUCCGGGCAACCUACGAGUUCGAGUCCACCAGCGACGAGAACCUUCAAUACCUCGACCCCAAACAGUCAGAGUCCAUGAUGAAUCCAUCACGAGUGAUCAAUGCGCCCACGGCGGCCACCAGCGGCUCCGGCGGCCACGCAGCCAGCGCUCCCCUGACACCCGGCGCGGCAGCCAGCACCACCUCAGCGGUCAACUGCGACGUGCUGAUCACCAGCGACGAGGGCAAAAACGGCACGAUCGCGUCGCCCAGCUUCCCGCAGCCGUACCCGCCGCGCUCGCUCUGCAGAUACGAGUUCCAGGGCCGCGGCAAGGAGCGCGUCCAGCUCACCUUCCGCGAGUUCAACCUCUACCACGCCGGCGGCGACGAGAAUGACUGCGAGUCGUCGGAUUCGCUGAACGCGUACGUGCACCUGGAGGGCCGCUCCGAGAAGAUCGACAGCUUCUGCGGCAACAACCUGCCGCUGCCGCUCAUGUCCAGCGGGUCCAAGUUGUCGCUCGAGUUCCGCGGCGCCGUCUCGUCGAGGCACGUGCGCGGCUUCCAGGCCUUCUACUCCUUCACCGAAAAUUUCGGCAUCUCGUCGGGUCGUCAGCUGUCGGCGCACCCGUGCGGCUUCGAGUUCAACAGCACGGAGGCGGCCAACGGCACUUUCUCGUCGCCCAACUACCCCGGCUACUACCCGCGCGACACCGAGUGCCACUACCUCUUUUACGGCCGGCCCGGCGAGAAGGUCCACCUGCACUUCACCUACUUCGACGUCGAGGGCGUCCUGCCGUGCGAGGCGACGUCGGCGUCAGACUACGUUGAAUUCUCCAACUACAUGACGCAGGAUCGCAAGUACUCGCGUUACUGCGGACAGCUGAAGGGAUUCGAAGUGGAGUCGGACAAGCGCACCUUCCGCGUCACCUUCCGCUCGAACGACCGGCUCGACGGCACCGGCUUCCACGCCACUUACCACUUUAGGCCAGAGAGCGAACCCAAUCUGCGGAAGCCGUUCACCAGCGCCGCCGCCAAGACGACGAUUGCCCCCGCUGGUCUGGCGUUGUGCUGGUUGCUGGUGGGCGCGUGGUGACUCGGCUGCCCGACGACCGCCCUGGGCACGCGAGGAUGAAUUUAAUCAAGCGACUCGUCGGCUGCAGACCAACUCACUCUCACUUUGUGUCCGCCCGCCCGCACCACGCCCAUCUCGAGUGUCAACCCGGGGAUUAACGCAAGUGGACGCCGGCCUCCCCUUUUAAUUAUUAACCGGUUCAUUUGGCCCCGCGAAAAGAGCCGCCACCGCCACCGCCGCCGCUUCUCUCUCACACCUAAUUCGGUUCGCUAAUGGACUCUGCGGUGGCGGCGGCAGCGUUUUCAUUUUUAUAUAUAUAUAUAUGUGUAACAAAGGCGUGGGUGCUGGAACGGCCGAGAAUAAUAUACUCACGUGCUCAAAUUGACAAAAGCGCCGGCGUGAAAGCUCAAAAUUUUUUCCGAGAUUCGACGAAAACGGAAAAUCAAACUGUUUGUGUCAAAUGCUUUUUUCGUUCGAAUCACCGUCACGCAAGGAAGAAACCAGACUGUCUUUUUGUUGCGGAGUCCUAGGUCCACCAAUAAAAUUGAGGCACUUUGCUCAAUUUUACUGAUUGAUUCUGCUUGAUGCAAAUCUCCAGCUUUAUUGGCGGAUGCUCCUGCAACGCAACUGAUGUGAAUCAAGCUGAUCGGCUUUGAUCCGUCGAUGGGAAGUUUUUCAACGUGUAUGUCUGCGCAAAAAUGGCGGCUCAAGGAAUCGUUGCGUCGAAAUUGAUUUGGAAUUAAAUGAAAAGACAUUUGAUUAGAAGGUAAUUGACCAUUUGUAUAAUCCCUUAGUAUUCGAAGCCGACAAUAGAUGGCGCCACCGUAUACUUUAGUAAUAAAUUUAUUUUUAAGGCACUUCCGCAGCGAUUUCAGACUGAAUUCUGCCACUGUGCAUUCUUCACUUAAUAUGUUUUCUUUUGAUGUGCUGAAAACCAAAAUCGGUUAAGCCAAUCGUUGUAGAAUCGUGAAAAACUAUUUUUUGAAAUAAAAAAUCUUUUACGAUGAUUCUACGGCGAAUUGUUGGACUGAUUUUGGUUUCAGCACGUCAAAAGAAAGCAUAUUAAGUGAAGAGCACACAGUGGCAGAAUUGCGUCUGAAAUCGCAGCGGAAGUGCCUUAAAAAUAAAUUUUUAAGAAAGUAUACUGUUGCGCCAUCUGUUGCGGUGGCUUCGAACGCUAAGGGUUUAUACAACUGGUGAAUUGAUCAAAACUGUUUAAAAAUGCAGCCAAAUGAACCAAAAUCAAAGUUUUUUUUAUUAAAUUUUGUUGAUUCAUCCAGUCAAAAUAUUCUAAAAAGCAAUUAUCAAAAUUUUACUGACCCUAGAUGACGCCAUUUUGAAACAAAAGUGCGGUGGGAAAAUCAAGACUAAAACUGUCUGUUCAGUGAGUAAUGCAAUUAUUUACCCCAAUUAAAGAAGCAGCAAUUUUCAAAGCUCCAGAUAUUUGUGCAAUCGCAUUGACUUUGAGAACAGAGCCGAUCAGCUGUCAUAAAAUAUAGAACAAGUAUUGUUUCUAAAGAAUCAUUGUUGUCUUUUGAUCUCGUCACAGUGGACCCCUACUCUGUAUACUUUCUACUGCAUUCCUUUCACCAGUGCAACCAAAAAAGUGUUUAGCGAAAAACGUUUAUACCUCGAAAUAGACUUACGAGACGCAGAUUUUAUAUAAUUAUAAGAGAAAGACACAUUUUGAUUCGACACGCAACCAAUGAUGAAAUAAAUUUAAAUUUAAAAAUGUGGUUUUAAGAUUAAGAGGCGUGUCAGCAAACCUUCACAAUAACGAAAACGCGCAGUUUCCACUUUCAAUAAAUUUUAUAAAGUAAAAAAAGUAGUUUAUCACACACGGCCCCCCGACACUCGCUUUCGUUUCUUUCUGCUCGUUUGUUUCCCGCCGAAAGUGUGUCGCGCGCGCCGCAACUUUUUUUCCAACGAAACUUUUUCACUCGGUGUGACACGACGGAAGAGAAGAAAAAAUAAUCCAGCGUGCGAGGAGAAAUUAUGGAAUGCCAAUAUUGUUGUAUAACUUUGUAAGGCGCGACUUGUUACUGUAACAAAGGGAGAAAGCUAUAAAUAAAAAGGACGACAGUGAAAAUGUUCAAUUUUA